GGAGUGCGCUGAGUUGGUCAGAGGGAGAGUGAGUUGGGUGUUAGGCAUUAUGUUCAGCUGGCUGGCCGGGCCUCAGGCCCGUGGGAAGGACUCGGUGGUGUUUAACACGGUGUCCGAGGGUUUGCGCUCCCUCUACAACAAGAGGCUGCAGCCGCUGGAGGAUUACUAUCAGUUCCAUCACUUCCAUUCGCCCGCCCUGGAGCAGGCCGACUUCGAGAACAAGCCCAUGGUGCUGCUCAUCGGGCAGUACUCCACCGGCAAGACCACUUUCAUCAGAUACCUACUGGAACAGGACUUCCCGGGGAUGAGGAUUGGACCUGAACCAACAACUGAUUCCUUCAUUGCUGUGAUGUAUGGAGAAGAGGAAGGGAUCAUUCCUGGCAAUGCGCUUGUGGUAGAUCCCAAAAAACCCUUCCGAAAGCUGAAUUCCUUUGGAAAUGCUUUCCUAAAUAGGUUCAUGUGUGCUCAGCUUCCAAACCAAGUGCUGGAGAGCAUUACUAUUAUCGACACACCUGGAAUCCUCUCUGGGGAGAAGCAACGGAUGAGCAGAGGUUAUGACUUUUCAGAGGUUUUGCGAUGGUUUGCUGAAAGAGUUGAUCGUAUCAUCCUAUUGUUUGAUGCUCACAAGUUGGAUAUAUCUGAUGAGUUUUCUGAGGCUAUCAAGGCACUAAAAGGGCAAGAUGACAAAAUUAGAGUUGUCUUGAACAAGGCAGACCAAGUUGACACACAGCAACUGAUGAGGGUGUAUGGUGCAUUGAUGUGGUCCCUCGGCAAAGUGAUUGACACCCCAGAGGUUGUACGUGUCUACAUAGGCUCCUUCUGGUCCAAACCCCUCCAGAUUACAGAGAAUCGGAAACUUUUUGAGUUGGAAACAGAAGACCUCUUCAGGGAUAUCAAGGGUUUACCUCGGAAUGCUGCACUGCGCAAACUCAAUGACCUCAUCAAACGAGCCAGGCUUGCAAAGGUUCAUGCCUACAUCAUCAGUUACUUGAAGAAGGAGAUGCCAGCAAUGUUUGGGAAAGAACUAAAGAAAAAGGAGAUGAUAAGUAGACUUCCAGAGAUAUAUUUCAUCCUCCAACAGGAACACAAUAUUUCCGCUGGUGAUUUUCCCAACGUAAAAAAGAUGCAGGAAAUGUUGCAGUCCUGUGACUUCAGCAAGUUUCAUACGCUGAAACCCAAGCUACUGGAGUCAGUGGAUGAAAUGUUGGCCAAUCACAUCGCUGAAUUGAUGAACCUGAUCCGGCAAGAAGAGGCGAACAAGCCAGCACAGGCUGUGACGGGCGGGGCAUUUGACGGCAACCUUAAUGGGCCCUUUAAUGAAGGGUAUGGUGAGGGUGCCGGUGCAGGAAUAGAUGAGAGUGAGUGGAUUGUGGCAAGGGAGAAGUCAAAGUAUGAUGAAAUUUUCUACAUGCUCUCACCAAUUAAUGGCAAAAUCAGCGGGAACAAUGCAAAGAAAGAAAUGGUCAAGUCUAAAUUGCCAAACACUGUCUUGGGGAAGAUCUGGAAACUGGCUGACUACGAUCGGGAUGGAAUGCUGGACGAUGAAGAAUUCGCUCUGGCCUGUCACUUGAUUAAGAUAAAACUCGAAGGAUAUGAUUUGCCCGGUGAAUUGCCAGGGCACCUCAUACCUCCGUCCCAAAGAAAGAACUGAGUCCAUUUAGCGGUUUACCGUAGAGACAAAUUGGUGAAUGGAUGGCAGAAAGAGCUGUUCAGUUAAUUUUGGGGGAGGGUGGUAAGAGCUGUUGAUUGGGUACAUCAGAUCUAUUUUCUAUGUAAUAUAAACCUAAGAUACUCACUUAACCAUUUUUGCUAAAUCAAAUGCUGGUGCAUUUUAACUGAAAAAUAUAAAAGUUAAUGGGUCACACUGCACUUUCUGAUACUUGGAUUUCUAACACCUCCCAGGAGCAUGAUGCAGUGCUGCAAACAUCUGAUUAACAUGGCUGAGUACUUCUACAUAAGUUUCAUGUUUCUGAAAUGUCCUGUCUGGCUACAGAUGUGCAGAGACCUUGCCACUCUUCCUCUAAUGUCCAUCCCUCUUAUUUUCCUUCACUCCAUCAUAUUCCUGUUCUUUUGGGUGGCAGGGAAAUCUGAAUAGGUUUGAUGUGGUGUGCUUGACCAAGGUAUGAGGGCACUCCACUUCUAAACGGGCUGCAAACUUCCUGAAAGUAACUGUGCACUGCCCUGUCAGUUCAAUGUUUGUCACAGCCUUCAUCCUUUGUGUAAAGCAUUACAUGGCUAUACUCAGAUCUGACAGCUGACUGCAAUUAGGGAAAACUCACCAGAGGCUUGCAGCACAGAUUGAUUAGUUCAAGCCAGCCCCCUAGGCUUGAACUAUAUUGGUUAUGUGACCAUUGCAGUACUAGGUAAGCCCAUUAAUAAGUGUUAAACUUGUAACUGCUGUCAAUGGAUAAAUACUGCACCAGCACAAUGUAAAGCAAGAUUUAUUUAUUUUUAACUAAUUUAAAAAAAAUUAUACAGAAAAGUUCUGGUGACCAAAAUUUUGAAACUGUAUCUCCUGCCCGCCAGUAUCAUGGUUAAAAAUUAGAGAAAGGAACAUUUCCUAUUAGUGGAGCAUUGGCCUCGUCCAGCAACUACCAAAAAUACAGUCAAGAAGAGGCAGGCCUCAAUCUGUACAGCGGCAUAACGUUAUUAAUCGUGGAAUCCACAUGAAAUGAAGUGACUUAAUCCUACUGAAUUGAAUUUUAAAGAAACAUUCCAAUUCAAAGCUUCCAAAUAGUGGCUUCUGUUCUAGCAGGUGUUUCAAGUAAGGGUCUUGACCAAAACAGACGUGCAGACCACGCGUUGUGAAAAGGACUGAAAGUAGAUACCCUACUUGCACAUUUAAAGGCUUCUCUUUCUUCCCUUGUCUCUGCUUCAAAAUGACUUCUUUGGAGACUGAUCUUGUGUCAUAAAUCAUGCCCUCAUCAUAGUAGCAGGAAUGGUAAGCUUUUGGGCUAUUCCACACUAAGACCAACGGCCACAAUUUGCAUUUAUACUGCAAUUUUAAAGUCAAAAAACUCCCAAAGCGUGUCAUGGAGCUGUUGGCAAAAAAUCCUGUUGCCAGUGGAGUGAAAGGAUAUGCCUAAUUCCAAACUGCCUCCCAGCAGUUUUAAAAUGCAAGGUAAUGUCAUCAGGGCAAUAAGAGAUGCUGAUAAGUGUGCAGCAGUGCUGUAUCACGUUGUGGGUUUACUGCAAAAUAGCUUGAUCUGAGAGGUCGCACAUGCAUUCAUUCUUCUCUCAAAAUUGGAACCACUGUCCUCAAAAUAUAAGGAGAGGGAGGAAAACUUCUGUCCCAAGCCAGCUGGGUUAAACCUUUAUUAGAAUUGCUCAGGACUUGUGGGGGUGGUGGGGAGGUUGAGAGGAGUUUUUUGGGAGAAGGGAGAUAUUUGUGAAGCUGCACUGUAUUUUGAAACAUUAAAGUGACAAAAUCAGGCAUCAACUGGCAGGAAAGAAACUGAGUCCAAACAAUGAAAAGUUACUUUGAAGUGUUGGCAUAUUUGACAUUUUGUAAGAUUAAAGGUCAGAAUAAUUACACUGUU